AUGGAAGAAGAACGCGUUGUACCUGCAUGUUCUGAGCAAUUAAAGCCUCUAGUUGGUCAGAGGUUCGAAACAUUAGAGUUUGCACUCGCGUUUUAUGAUGUGUAUGCUAGGGCCGUCGGGUUUGACACGCGCAAACAAGGUGUGAGGAAGGUGGACGAAGUUACAACGUGGUAUUACGUCGUAUGCAAUAGGGAGGGCCAUAAGAAGUCCAUCGACGAUGAUCAGUUGAAUGCACGUUCCGGUUUCUCAAUCAAACGCCGACGCUUAUCGAAGAGAUGUGGUUGUAAAGCUAGCAUUUCAUUCAAGUAUUUCUCUGAUAAUGGACAUCCAGGUUAUAUGGUACAUGAUUUCAAUGAGGUUCAUACCCAUGAGAUGGUUGAGUCCGAGCAUCAGAAGUUUAUGUCUGUGAACCGUCAUUUGGAUGACGUUCACCAGAAAUUCAUUUUGGAUUGUUCAAAAGCGAAUAUUGGACCCACAUUGACAUUUAAGGUUUUGAAAGAAACUCUCGGUGGGUUUGACCUCGUCGGUUGUACGGUGGGUGACAUCAGGAAUGCUUCACGCGACAUUAAAGCAUAUGCGCAUGGUUUCGAUGUGCAAAUGGUAUUGGACGACAUGGCGAAAAAGAAGGAGAUGUCUGAGUCGUACACAUAUCAUUAUGAGGUUAAUGAAAACAACCAGUUGGUUGCGUUGUUUUGGUGUGACGGAUUAAUGAAAAGGAAUUACCAUAUGUUUGGUGACAUUGUAGCCUUCGACACCACCUACAACACAAACAG